UCAUCAUGAAACAACCACUUUUGAACCAGGAGGCUUCUUCCUCAGUUGAGGAAACAAGCACUAAAUCACUUUUCACAGAUGCUGGGUGGUUUAGUAUUAUCACUUUUUCUUGGAUGGGACCUUUACUUGAUCUUGGCAGAAGGAAAACACUAGAUCUUGAUGAUGUGCCCUUAUUGGAUGACAAUGACAGUGUCCAUGGGGUCCUGCCUAAGUUUAAGGCAAAGAUUGUCUCAAAUUCUGCGACGGGGCAGUUCACUGACGUCACAACAGUUAAGCUGGCCAAAGUUCUUGUGCUUACAACAUGGAAACUAAUCCUCAUCACUGCAGUCUAUGCCCUACUGAGUACUGUUGCUGCAUAUGUUGGUCCCUACCUGAUUGAGUACUUUGUGGACUACCUAAAUAAGAGCUCAAGAUCCACUAAAGAGGGCUACGUUUUAGUGUUGAUAUUUGUUAUUGCACAGUUCAUCGAAGGCUUCUCAACAAGGCAUUUGCAGUUUAGAUCAACACAAGUAGGUGUGCGUGCAUGUUCAUCACUUGUUGCUACUAUUUACCAAAAAUGCCUUGCCUUGUCCAAUCAGUCCAGGCAAAGCAACUCAACUGGAGAGAUGAUCAAUGUUGUGAGCCUUGAUGCUGAGUGUGUAGGAAAUUUCAGUCGCUCCAUGCAUGAUGUUUGGCUUCUUCCUGUGCAAAUUGUUCUAGGCAUGCUCAUCUUAUACUCGGCACUUGGUUUGGCAGCAUUUGCUGCCCUUGCUGCCACUGUUUUGACAAUGGUGGCUAAUAUACCUUUAGGGACUAUCGAGCAAAAUUACCAAGAGAAAACGAUGACCGCCAAGGAUGCGAGAAUGAGGGCCAUGUCUGAGAUCUUACGCAACAUGCGCACUCUCAAGCUUCAAGGAUGGGAAAUGUUUUUCUUGUCAAAGAUCAAAGAGUUGAGGAAGGUAGAGAUGAAUUGGCUAAAGAAGAACGUAUACACCUCGGCUAUGCUUCUAUCUGUCUUCUUUUGUGCUCCUGCUUUUGUUGCUAUGAUCACUUUUGGAACUUGUGUGCUUUUGGGCAUUCCAUUAGAAACAGGUAAAGUUCUAUCUGCUCUGGCAACAUUUAGACAACUGCAAACACCUAUUCAUGGCCUCCCCGAUGCGGUUUCUAUGAUCAUCCAGACAAAAGUAUCACUUGACAGGAUAAGCUCAUAUUUGUGUCUUGAGGAAGUACCUAAUGAUGCUGUAACUAAGCUUCCUAGAGGCACCACCAAUGUAUCAAUUGAGGUUAGGAAUGGUCAGUUCUCUUGGAAUCCAUCUUCUCAAGUGCCUACUCUUCAAGACUUGAACUUCCGUAUACAAGAAGGGAUGAGGGUUGCUAUCUGUGGAACAGUUGGAUCUGGUAAAUCCAGUUUAUUGUCUUGCAUACUUGGUGAGAUACCAAAAUUAUUAGGAGAGGUUAAAACUUGUGGUAGGAUUGCCUACGUUAGCCAAUCACCUUGGAUACAGAGUGGGAAUAUUCAAGAUAAUAUACUUUUUGGCACAGAAAUGAACAGCGGAAGGUAUGAAAAGGUCCUUGAAGCAUGCUCCCUUAUCAAGGACCUCGCUAUAUUACCAUUGGGUGACCAAACUAUUAUAGGAGAGAGAGGCAUUAACCUUAGUGGUGGACAAAAACAAAGGAUACAAAUAGCCCGUGCCUUGUACCAUGAUGCUGAUAUCUAUCUAUUUGAUGAUCCGUUUAGUGCGGUUGAUGCUCAUACUGGAUUACACUUGUUCAAGGAAUGCUUGCUUGGAUUUUUAGCUUCAAAAACAGUCGUGUAUGUUACCCACCAUGUAGAAUUCUUACCUUCAGCCGAUGUUAUCAUGGUCUUGAAAGACGGGAAAAUUACACAAGCAGGGGAUUACACUGAAAUUAUCAAUUCCGGAGAAGAAUUCACUGAGUUAAUUGUGUCCCAUAAGGAUGCGUUAUCUACUAUGGACAUGCUAGAGAUCCCAAGCAGUAAUUUUGGAAGUACCUUCGAUCAUAAUGUCAGUGGAAGCACCCCACCCAUAGCAGAUGAGCAAAAAGAUGAUAACACUGCAGAAGUGAUUGUUGAUAAUGGUCAACUUGUACAAGAAGAAGAGAGGGAGAAAGGCCGGGUUGGGUUUAUUGUCUACUGGAAAUACAUUACAAUGGCAUACAAAGGAGCACUUGUGCCACUUAUUUUGGUAACUCAGAUUAUUUUUCAGUCUCUUCAAAUUGGAAGUAAUUUAUGGAUUGCUUGGGCAGCUCCAAUAUCUAAAGAUGUGAAUCCUCCAGUCAGUACCUCGACAAUGAUAAAUGUAUAUGUUGCAUUAGCUCUUGUUACCUCGGUGUUCGUCUUCAUACGAUCCGGUCUUCUUGUCAUGGCUGGAUGUAAGACUGCAACAAUGCUAUUUGACAAGAUGCACCAAUGCAUAUUCCGAGCACCUAUGUCUUUCUUUGACUCCACUCCUAGUGGCCGUAUUUUGAAUAGAGCUUCCACCGAUCAGAGAGCAGUGGAUACUCGUAUUUUUGAAUUGAUGGGUUAUCUUUUAUUUCCUGCUAUCGAACUUCUUGGAACAAUUGUUCUAAUGUCACGGGUGGCAUGGCCAGUUUUUGUAAUUUUCGUCCCCAUUAUUGUUUCAUCUCUGUGGUACCAGCGCUACUACAUAGAUGCUGCUAGGGAGUUGCAAAGGUUAACUGGAGUUUGCAGAGCUCCUGUUAUGCAGCAUUUUGCUGAAUCAAUGACUGGCUCAAAUAUAAUUAGGUGCUUUGAUAAAGAAAGACAAUUCAUAAGUUCUACUGGCCAUUUGGUGGAUAAUUUGUCUCGACCAAGUUUAUAUAAUGCUGCUGCAAUGGAAUGGUUGUGCUUUCGCUUGGACUUUCUUUCGUCCUUUAUUUUUGCAUUUGCCUUGAUACUUCUAGUCACCUUGCCAACUACUCUAAUUGACUCAAAGACAGCUGGUCUUGCAGUCACUUAUGGACUAAGUCUGAGUAUGCUGCAAGGAUGGGCUAUUGCAGUCCUCUGUAGUUUGGAAAAUAGAAUGAUAUCUGUGGAAAGAAUAUUGCAAUACAUGACUAUUCCUUCUGAACCACCCCUUAUCAUAUCAGAAAGUAUGCCGGGCUGCCAGUGGCCAACAAAGGGUGAAAUUGAGCUUCGCAACCUUCAUGUACAAUAUGCGCCGCACCUUCCUUUAGUUUUGAAAGGGGUGACAUGCACCUUAUCUGGAGGUAUGAAGACUGGUAUUGUUGGAAGAACAGGUGGUGGAAAGUCAACCUUGAUUCAAGCACUAUUCCGCAUUGUCAAUCCAUGUAUCGGGCAAAUAUUGAUAGAUGGUAUUGACAUCUCUACCAUUGGACUGCAUGACCUGCGGACGAGAUUGAGCAUCAUUCCACAAGAUCCUGUUAUGUUUGAGGGGACUCUGCGAAGCAAUAUCGACCCUCUGAGUGAAUAUAGUGAUGAGCAAAUCUGGGAGGCAUUGGAUUCCUGUCAUCUUGGAGAUGAAGUUAGAAAGAACGAGCGUAAACUCGACUCUACAGUCACAGAGAAUGGCGAAAACUGGAGCGCGGGUCAGCGGCAGCUUGUUUGUUUGGGAAGGGUGAUUCUGAAGAGGAGAAAGAUUUUAGUUUUGGAUGAAGCAACUUCUUCCGUCGAUCCAAAAACCGACAGCCUGAUUCAGGAAACCUUGAAGCAGCAAUUCGCUGGAUGCACUGUGAUUACAAUAGCACAUCGUAUUACAUCAGUCCUUGACAGUGGGAAGGUCAUUCUUCUGGACAACGGUGAAAUUGCAGAGCAUGACUCACCAGCGAAACUGCUAGAAGACAGUUCAUCCCUAUUUUCCAAACUUGUGUCAGAAUACUCAAUGGGGUCAGAUUAUAAGUAGAGGAUGCAAGAAGAGCUACAACAAUAUCGCCGGCAGUAUCAAGUUUCAGAGAAUGAAUCUCCACGCUUCUGGCCUAAAAUUUAGUGGUAAUUCAGAACUCAUAUUCCUCCUUCAGAGUAACAUGUAGUGGAACAAAUUCGUGUGUACAAAUAUAGUGACUGCAUUUAGAUUAUGAUUUAGAACUCUUGAGUGUACGGCAUCCAUACAGUACGUACUAAUAUAUAGUGACCGUUCACUUUAA